AUGGCUGACCGCGAAGUAAAAUUCUCGUUCAAACAGCUCAGUGGAAAGCGUUUCGAUGUUGUUGACGGAAAAGACAACCAGGAUGAUUUACUAAAAUGGUCAAUGAAAGGAAGAAUCAAGAUACAGAUGUACAGCUUUGACCAACCAUUUCAAGCUUACCAGAAGGAAUGUUUUGUUCGGGACUUCAUGAAUGAUCCUGAAGUUUUGUCAACAUUACAGACUGUGUCAAGUACCUGUCGCUGGAGCCCUGUGGGUAUCCCGGCAAAGUCCGUGAAGGUCAAGUCCAUCCCGUGUUCAGUUCUGUCCAUGUCAUUUUUCGACCGUCUCUAUGAGAACAACAUUGCUAGAGAAAGCGGACAUCUACAUAAAUGUCUCGAUGAAUUCUAUGAAGAUAUUACAAUCGCAGAUGAAUUAAGAAAGGUAUUGUUACUGGAGGAUUCUGAUAACUACGACGUGUUCAGUGAUGCAGAUCGGGAUGAGUUCCUGUUCCGCCUCUUCAAGCACUUGUGUCUGGGAGGCCAGCUCUGUCAGUACGAGGAUGUACUGGACAAAUACCUGGAGUUCACCAAGGCUCUCUACAAAGACCUCAUCAGUGUUCAGAAGAACCCUGAAACCAAGGAGCUCAGCAUCGUGUCCAGUGUCUUCUCUGUACAGGCAGAGGAUGAGAAGGAGAACCUUUACUACCCAGGCGACACUUUCCACGAACAGACCUUCUCCUACCUGGUCGUCGACCCACUCAAGAGGCACGUCACAGUUCUCUACCACAAGUUCGGCAGCAGCGUCUACUGAGAACUGGACAAACCAUGACCUAUGACUGGACACAAACAAUGAACUAUGACUGGACACAAUACUACUUGAGUGCUAAGCCCUCCACAAAACCAGGCCACUCUGUUGAAACACUGUUGUUAUUCUUACCCAAGCUUGACCAGACAAGAGCAGAGAUGCCAACCACUCCGAUUUUGGUGGAGUUACUCCGCUUUUCAAAUACGAAAUCCGCUGUCCGAUUUGUCUUUAAAAAACUCAGAUUUUUUUCAGAAAGAUUUCUGAAAUCUUUUUUUACAGUAUACAAUUUCGUAAGUCACCGGUGAUUUAUUUGAGUCGACACCAGUAAAAGCAUUCAGAAGCUUAGCGUGUGAUCUUUUGGAUAUCGAUUGUGUAUAUUGGGUGUUAUUGACGACGAAGUUUCACAAAGUUUUUCCAAAUGUAUGUCAUAGCCCGUAUAUAUAUGUGAAACAAAAUGGCGGAGACGACCACGUGUUCACCCCAAUUCGCCGCUUCUGUGCUAUGGCCUGACUUCCAGCCAGGCCUGACGCCGCUUUCAUUAGAUUCAGGGUUGGCAUCUCUGCAAGAGUGAUGGAUGAUCACACUCACAGACUUUGUUGAUUCAGUCAAGUACCCCAUUGCAGAUCUCUGUCAUAUUGUUUGAAUAUUGUUGAGUGUGGCAUAAAGUAAGAAACAAACAAACGUUUUUGAUGGAACAGAGUUUUUGAAUGACGUCGUGCCCCCACCCUAUGUUUCACCAUACAGA